ACAUGGAGCUUUCCGGAGACAGCACGGAGAGAGGCAGGAACAUGUGGCUGUGCCCAGGUCUGCUCUUUCUCUGCUUCCAAGGCUGUUUAUCUCUGACUGGUCCUGGCUCUGUGUCCGGCUAUGAAGGAGGCUCUCUUCAUGUGCAGUGUCAAUAUGGACAAUCAUAUAAGGACCAUAGCAAAUACUGGUGCCAAGGACAGUAUGACACAACAUGUAAAACUCUCAUAGAACUCAAUGGAAAUGAGAAAGAAAAGAAGGAUGGCCGAGUGUCCAUCAGAGACCAUGCUGAGAAUUUCACCAUGACAGUGACCAUGGAGAACCUCAGCGAAGAUGAUGCUGGAUCUUACUGGUGCAAGAUUCAGACUUACUUUAUCUGGGAUUUGUGGUCACGUGACCCAUCAGUCCUUGUAAAGGUCCAUGUUUUCCCAGCCACAACUCCCAUGGAGACCACAGUUCCAGCCACAACCCCCACCCUCCCACUAGUGAAUAUUGAAAAGAACCUGAGGAUUAGCACCAGUGAUGUGUUCGUCUUCCAACUAUGGUCCCUGCUCAGCAGCAUCCACUUCCAGGUCCUGGUCUUCCUGAAGCUUCCCCUGCUUCUGAGCAUGCUCUGUGCUGUCUUCUGGGUGAACAGGCUUCAGGAGAUUUCUGGGAGUUAUGAAGAGUGAUCUGCCCAAGAGCUGUGAAGUGAAGCACCCUGGAACUCAACGCUGCAGACUGGAUGAGAGAGAUACUGGACUCUGGAUUGACUCUGCCUGGAGGCAGCAGUGCCUGGAUCCUGAACUUCACUUUCCAUGUCUCAAAGGAGGACCUUGAUUAUCUGAGUGUUGGAUACCAGACUCCUGUGGAGUCCUCAGCAUAGUAGAGGGAACAAGGCCAGGAAAAAUGGUGCCAUUAAUCUCAGCACCAGAAAGGCAGAGGCAGGUGAAGCUCUGGGAGCCUGAGGCCAGCCUGGUCUACACAGUGAGUCCCUGGACAGCCCAGCCCGGGCUACAUAACGAGACUCUGUAUCAAACCCCCCCCCCACCAAGGAGGAACAAGGCUCUCCUGGGCCCUAUGUUGGAGAUAUGCCUUCCCUCCUCCAGAAUUCUUGGAUUCUGCUCUCAUGUCAGCUGGAAAGGCUAAGAGUCCUCUAGAGGUUUCUUGAACACAAGUUUAGCCUCUUGAUCUUCUUCAUGACAUAAAAACAUCUCAGGUCAUUGCCAUCAUCAAUGACAACAAUCACCUUCUUCCUACAGAGAAGAGGUCCCUGAGGGACAUGUCCCUCACAGACCUGGCUCACAUGCCAUGCCCCCUCUUCUAGAACAAUCCCAGAGGAUUUGGCUUCUGGAAGGGCAUUCUUACUGUCCACUGUCCCAAACACACAGUAUUCUUUGACCUCAACUGAUCCUUUUAGCUCACCAUGAUCUUGCAGCCCCCUCACAUCCCCAGUGACCGGAAAGCAUGUAUCAGAGUUCAGCACAUGCUUACGUGGGCUGAAAAUAGCCCAUCGGCUUGAAAGUGAAGUUCUGUGGUUCUUCAGGGCAGCAGUGGAGCAAGAGGUGGUGGGUGCCCUAAUAUCAGUCAAUGCAUAGUGUUAACUGGGGGUUCUUCUUUGUUCACUUUAGAAACUGGCUGAGAUAACCCAGGGAAAGACAGAUAUUCAAAGAUGGGUGCAGGGCAGGUGAGGAGAUGUCAGAUUUGCACGUCCACUGGGCGUCCUCAGCUCAGAAAAAGGCUGAUUUGUUGAACAUGUGCCGAUUUCCACACCACGGUUCUUUGCAGGGAGGACUCAUCACGGUCUCCAUUCAUCCAGGCAGUCAGAUCACACUUCUUUCUCCUCCCUCAGCUUCAAGCCUGCCUUGACCUAGUGGUGCCUGUCUCCUGAGAGAGGGCAUAUUUAUAGGGGCAACAUAACUGAAUGUAAAGACUCUGGGAAUAUCUAUCGCAAUGACAGUUGUCCGUGGAAGCUCCAUCCACUGGCAGAGCCCCCCACCAGCAUAGUUUACCAGGGUGAGGCAUGUCUGUCAGUCCAGCAUAGCAAAGUUUUUCUUCUAAUAGUUCAGACGGAGUGUGUGGGUUCAGCAUCAGCUCUUGCUUAUGUUUUCCUUUUGAACACUGGAUAGACUUGAGCACACCAAGAUACUGGAUGUAAGCUAGAAGAUUUUACCCAGCCAGUUACAAAUCAUCUUCAAGAAAGAGUCAGGGAAUGGAAGGUCUAAGCCUGUGAGAUGGGAAUGACAGGGUGUUGCUGGUGGGUGUGGGAAAGAGAGGGGUAGGCUUGGAUGAUGCGGAGCCUAGUUUUCUGGUGUGAUUGCAUUACCAGACAGAGCAGGUACUAGGAGUCUAGAGGUGUGGGCUCGCAGAACGUUGAGAGAAGUGAAACAGGGAAAUUGACUGGCUCUCAUAGGUAGGUGAGAGUACCAGCAGCGCUCAGGAACAAGGACAGAGCUCCGAAGGUGAGGUGGGGCUACGGAAGUAGACAUUCAGGACCAAGGACAAAGACUGAAAUGGCUCUUUAGCCCCCCAAACCACGACUCUCUUCCAGGUGGGAAGUGAUGACAAGCACAACAUUGCAAACUGCACAACAGCCGUUACUCAGUUCUCAGCAGUUUUCACAUGCGUUCACUUAACAUGCGUGUUUAAAUACGUGGCGUUGUCCCACACUCAUCCAUGCAAUGACCAUCACAAUCGGCAUAGAGAAAGGCUCCACCACCACAAAACCUCCUUCAUGGCAGUCCACCCCAUUACUUCCCGCCAGAGACCAGUAAUCUGCCUCCAACUCUGGCUUCAUCACUUUGAGAAUGGUCUAGAGAUGGAAGCAUUUCAGUGUCAUAUCUGAGAUCCUCUUUUCCUCCCUUGUUAAGCACAGUGUCUCUGGAAUCCAUACAAGCAGACAUCAUACUUGGAAAUCAUUCAUUCCUCUUUAUUACAGAUAAUUGUUCUAGUGUAUAAAUUCACUACAGUUUGUUUAACUACCUGUUCACUGCAGUAUUUGGAUCCUUUCCAUUACAAGUAAAACCGUUAUCCACUUUACACAAAAUUUUAAUAUGACUAUGCAUUCUUAUUUCCCAGGAUGUAUGCUUGUACAGCUACUAAGUUUCAUAGUGACUGUAUGUUCAGUUCUCUAAGAAACAACCCAACUCUUUCCACAUUGUUUUCUUAUUUUUCCAGCAGCAAGGGACGAAACACCCACUUUUCCUCACUGUUAUCAUUAUUUCUUUAACAGAAUUUGCACUUAUUUUAUGCCUAUGAGCGAUUUGCCUGCAUAUGUGUCUUUGUGCCACACGCAUGCAUGCCUGGUGCCUCGGAGGGCGCAUUAGAUUCCCUGGAGCUGGAGUUGUGGAUGGUUGGGAACCUCCAUGUGGGUGUUGGCAACCAAAUCUGGACCCUUGGCAAGAGCAGCCAGCACUCUUAGCUACCGAGCCAUCUCUCCUGCCCUCGUUAUUUUUCAUUCCAGGUGUUCUAACAGGCACAUGGUUUUCAGUUUCCCAAGUGACUGAUGCUACUGAAAAUACUUUCGGCAUGUUUCAUUUCCACCCACACAUCACAUUUGAUGAUGUAUAUUUCAUGCCUCUUAUUUAUUUUUGAACUGGAGCCAUUUUUGGAUUUUUGUUAACUUUUUUUUUUAACUUAGUGUGUAGGUGCACACACGUGUGUCGCGGUGCAAGCCUGGCGGUCAGAGGACGACGGACGACUUACGGGAGGUGGUUCUCUUCUUCUUCCGAGUGGGUCCUGGGAUUUGAACUGUCUUCAGACUUGGCAGCAGGUGUUUUUACCCGCUGAGCCAUCCUCAGAUACUGGUGCUUCGGCCACCCGAGCUGUGUACUGCAGGCACUGCCACGCGUAGGCUAAAUAAAUUAAUGUUUCUAUU